UGGGCCGAGUCGACCAAUCUCAUCAAUCAUCAUGGCAAAUUGGCAACACUAAUCUCCAAUUUUGUAUAAUUGCGAAUUGGAGAAAAUGAAAAUAAAUGUGGUGUAAAAAGUUUGUUUAUAUAUUUUACAUUUAUACAAAAUUAACUGUCUUAAAUAUAAAUAAAUAACGUUCUCAAUAAUUCAAUUAAAGUUAUAUGUGAACUAAACAUGUCGGAAACCUACGAAUACUUAUUUAAAUUUCUUGUGAUUGGAAGUGCUGGAACAGGAAAAUCUAGCCUACUUAACAAUUUCAUCGGAAAUAAAUUUAAAGAAGAUAGAUGUCACACAAUUGGUGUUGAAUUUGGCUCUAAAAUUGUAAACAUAGGUGGAAAGUCCACUAAACUCCAAAUAUGGGACACGGCUGGUCAGGAGAGGUUCAGAUCGGUGACAAGAUCUUACUACCGUGGGGCUGCAGGGGCUUUGCUAGUGUAUGACAUUACAUCUCGUGAUUCUUUUAACGCCCUUGCAAACUGGCUAAGAGAUGCAAGAACGCUUGCCAGCCCUAACAUUGUUAUAUUGCUUGUUGGCAACAAAAAAGAUAUGGAGGAAUCAAGAGAAGUCACAUUCACUGAAGCAAGCCAGUUUGCACAAGAAAAUGAACUAAUGUUCCUAGAGACCAGUGCUAAAACAGGAGAGAAUGUAGAAGAAGCAUUCCUGAAAUGCUCUAAAACAAUCUUGGCUAAAAUAGAGACUGGUGAAUUGGACCCUGAGAGAAUAGGCUCUGGCAUACAGUACGGUACCGGCACAUCUAAAAGGUUAAGUGCACCAAAGAAACCCACCAGAAACCCAUCUGAUUGUGCUUGUCGUGUCUAAUCCUUAUGCCUCUUGAUAAGUUGACUUUUACUGUAAUUAUGUCUUGAAUCGGAUUCUAUCUAUGAUUCUUAUGUAGUAUGUAGGUCAAAUACCAAUACUGAAUUAAUAUCCUUAAAGAUAAAAAAGAUCUAAUUUUGUAUGUGAUAUCUAUAAAUUAUAAGACUUAUUAUGAAUAUGUAAAACAUUUCCAGAUAUUGCAAUAUGUUGAUUAUUUUGUUUAAUCUUAAGUGACAAUUUGUUUGAUUCCUACUUACUUUUAAUCUUUUUAAUUGGGCUUAAACAAUUUAUAAUAAUAUGCUUUGACCUAGAAUACCAUAUUUAAGCGGCUCCGUCAAUCAACACAACAGCCUAUAUCUUUGUUCACUGUUGGACAUAGGUGUCCUCCAAGACCAAAUAUUCCAAUUUUUUUCAUGAAUUAAAAUUAUUUUUUUAAAAAAAUAAUUCGUAAAUCUGUAUAUUCCCACCUGGAAAUCGCGCGCCGCAAGGCAUGGAACGCAUACUUCAAAAUUGUUGGCAUGGGAUUCAUUUAUCUGAUUUUCUGGCCUUAAACAGAACUAAAUGAGUGUUUGUAAUGGGUGGUUGUAUAGGACAUCAAACAGAUGUCCUAUACAACCAGAAUGACUAAACUUUCGUAUAUAUAUUUCAUUAAUGACAGCUUUAUGUGUUCUAUUGCUGAAAAGGUGCCCUCCCACCCUUCUUCAUUAAAUUUUUUGACCACAAUUUUAAAUACUUUAGACCAUUCUCUCAAUCGUACCGCGCACAUACAGUUCUUCUACUAAAAAUCUAUUUAAACCAUUUAGAGUUCCUCUCUGUACUAAAUAGGUUGGUUUGUUGACUACACAUACUUAUAGCCAACAUUUUUAAUAGACUUCUGACUUCUAAGGUAUACAACUUCAAAAUAUCCUUGACUAAUUAAACUGAUGCUAGGGCUACAAUAAGGUUUUAUCUAUGUUCCAUUGUUACAAUAAAUAGUGAGAUAAAAAACUGUGCAACACCAAAAUCAAGUGUCAUUGAAUUCUGUUGUAAAAUGUCUUGACCAAGCCUAACGCUAUGACUCGUAUUCACAAAUGUUACUUAGCUAAGUACGAAGUAAUGCUAUCAUCGACUGCCUUGGUGGCGUAGUUGCAAUUGUACAGGUACGAGUACGACUACUACGCUGAGGUCCUGGGCUCCAAUCCCGGGUCGGGCCAAAAUAAUUGUGACUGGUUUUUUCCAUCUUAAAAACAUUACCGCCAACUUUUCUGACUCCGAGCUGUAAGCUGUGAGUCAGGAAAGUUGGCGGUGUGGGGUGCCACACCGCCAACUUUGCUUUGCGACGCACGGGGGUACCCGUGCGUCGGAAAGCACGUACAGCCGUUGGUCCUGCGCCUGAUCUCUCUCCGGUCAUGUCGGAUUGCUGUCUCACCGAACUAUGAGUGAAGGAACUGAGAGUGCGUUGUGUAUUGCGCACACACUUGUGCACUAUAAUGUCUCCUGCGUACCUGACUGACCUCCGUUGAGAUUGGACGCCGUAGCCGUAAAUUCGGUUAAGGAGCAUUCAUUCAAUGCUAUCAUAAUAACAUCCGUAUUGUAGUGUUUUCGACUUAGAAACUUCGCUGUGCGUAGACAUAGGAGCGCCAUGAUUGGCUAAUAUUGAGAUACAACUUUAAUUCAGUUGGUAGUCAGAUAAAGAGAGUUGAGCAAAACCAAAGAAAACUAUGAAAUUACCGACAUUGUGUGUUCGGGUGCACUGUGGAUCUCCUUGUAUCAUUUGUGAAUACGUGUGUAAAUGUUGAUUACUAUGAUAUAUGUACAGUUUUGACCUUAGUAGCCCCAGCAUGAGGAAGAAACAAUAAUUAAUAUACUUACACAAACUUUUAAAGUCAAAGUCGCAUACUCUGCGAUAUAACCGUUGUUUCGCGGCUUAUGUAUGCGCGCCCUAACAAUAGUAUAAUUUGAAUUUACAGGUAUUAUUCUAAUCGCUUUGUUGUGAAACGGCUUUGAAUAGAUUUUAUAAUGUAUUUUAGUUAUUGAUAACUGAUUUAUUAUAAAAUAUAAUAUUAUUAUAGUACAUAUGGUUGCUUAGUCAUAGUCGCCUUGAAGUUCGUAACAACACCUGUGGAGGCUUGGGCGUAGCUAGACACCUUUUCCAAGGAGGGCCUGUGGCCCAGACUAAAAAAAAAAUCAAUUUUCGUGUGCAUAUUUUGCUGAUUUUAAAAAUUGCCAUUAGGUCGCCUAUACAUUCUGGCAGUGGGCACUACACAAUUCUGGUCUGAGCAUGCACCCCUCUUUUUACUUCACUUACACACAGGAUGAGUGUCCUGCCUAAGUUCAAGCCGACCAUGACUGGGUGACCGUAUUGUACUAAAAAUUGAAAUUAUGUUAUGUUGUAUUUAUAGCCUUAAAAUAUGAGCUGAGGAAACACUUAUCGAUUUAUCAGUAUCUAUACGUGUAGCACUGUUAGUAUAAAAAUUAAUGUCACAGUGUAAAUUUUAUGAUUGUAUAGCGUAAAUAAGAGGCUUCUUAUGGAAAUAUCAUUGUAAUAAUCAUUACUCUUACAAGGUACAAUUAAUUCAUAAUUUCACUGUCAUUAUGCCUAUGUUAAUAUCUUUGUAUUUUUGUGUUUAGACUUAAACGACUGAAUUAAUAUUUUUAAUUUCAAUAUAUCGUCAACACAAUUGCGUAAAAGUAUCAAUAAAAGUAGUAUAAAAGAUUUUUUCGUAUACAAAUAAUAUACAAGCUCGAAAAUGUUGAUAAAAAUGUUAAAAUUUUAUGUAAAUGGGGAUGUUGACAAGAAAAUAGUGUAAUAUUUCAUAUAACAAAAAAAGCGAAUUUACUAUAACAAAUUUGUUAUUUGCAGUUUGGGCAAUAACUGUGUCUAGAGAACAAACGGCAAAGUUAAGUUAGUUAAAUUUGAACUUACAUUAUAAAUACUUACCCUACCUUAGUUUAUAUGCGAGUCCAACUUCCACUUGUCCAGUUUUUAAGAUAUUACGUUACAAUUUCCCCAAGUUAUCUGUGUGAGUUCUUAUUUAAUAGAUUUCCUUGGUGCUUAAGCUGCCAUCAAAGCGCUUUCGCUUUGCUCUGGACAGUAUGUAGGAUGUAAAGAGGUGUUUUUAGCAAUUUGGCCAAGUCAUUUCAGAACGGCCAUUACAUUAUCAUCAGUUUAUUUUUUUAGCUUUUUGCCAUGUAAAAUACAAUUAACACUUGACAUUACUACAUUCUUUUUGUGAAGCUUUUAUGGGUACCUCGAAUAUUUCUUAUUCUUCAAAUGGUUAUCCUAAAGUGGGUGGGACCAAAACGCGCAUAGCACGGUCUUCUUACCAAACAUAUAUUCAAUAGGUAAAAUGUGUUUUGUAACUAGCCUACUUCUAUAUUAUUUGUAAUAAACGUAGGUACCUAUUGAUACCAAUGAACAAUUAUACGAAUCAGUCAACAUCCCUAUUGUCUAAAAAUGGCGCAAUUUAAUUACAUUAUUUUAGAAAACAUAAGUUUGUCAUAUUAUUAUUUUAAUAUAUUAGCAAAAAUGCGCACGUGUUGUUAGUGUCCUAGAACAGGCCCGUCACCGCCCGUGAGCGAUCUCACGUGCGUCGUUAUGAUGUAUCGAAACUGAAAUUUCGUCACCGGUAUUUUUGCUCGCCCGCGUUUAGGCUUAGGAUGGUUUUAAAUACUUAAGUAUAUGCUUUGACACGUUCUUACGAAAAUUCAAAUAUUCUUUAGUUAAAACAUUUACAUUGUAUGUACCUAUAUGAAUAUCAGUAAACUAAGAAAAACUAAA